UCCUUUUCCCGUUAGGGUUUGCAAACGGUUCUUGUCCUUGCGAGGUUCAAUCCUAAAGCUCAUGGAGAGGAGAAUGUCCCUCGAAGGAACUUCGUCCCCCGACUUCGUCGAUGGCGUCAGAGAUAAAAGGUCUAUUCUAUCUUCGGUGCAACCAAAUUACGACAGCGGAGCUGUUAAGGAGGCAUUGAAUCACUUAGCAUCAAUUGAUCUAAUUGAAUUGUGCAAUGAGGCAAAAGUUGAGCGUUGUCGGGCGACUAGAGACUUAAGGAGCUGUGGAUGCUAUGUGGAAUAUGUGUUGAACUCAUGUGGACAUGCAUCACUUUGUGCAGAGUGUAUUCAACAUUGUGAUCUAUGUCCAGUUUGUCGGGCUCCAUUACCAACAAAUGGCGAUAGAGUCCGGCUUCGUCUUUAUUAUGAAUGCAUAGAGGCCGGUCUUAUCUCCAAAAGAUAUGAUGAUAGUUUUCAAGAGAAGGAUGGUGACAAGCACUUGUCAUCCGAUGUUGAACGCCUUUAUUGUUUGUUUGAUGUUGCCUUGGACAACAACUUGGUUUCUUUGAUCUGCCAUUAUGUUACAGAUGUUUGUAUGGAUGAAAGUGCUGUGUCCAGUGAUCCAAUGAUUGCUUUUCUUUUGGAUGAAGUGGUUGUUAAGGAUUGGUGCAAGCGGACUUUCAGAAACAUCAUCACAGAUCUUCAGAAUAUUUCAUCUUUGACAGAUACUACUCUCGAAAUAGAAGAGAUGAAAAGUAAAUUAGAUUUACUUCCGAAGUUUGUAUUGCGGCUUACUGGGGUUUUCAAUGUUCUUGAAGUUUUGGAAUCGUCAUUCAAGGGAACUCUUUCUGCACAGUUUCAUGACUUGCAUCACCUUCAGGAGAAUGUAUCAAAGGCAAAGCAGCAUUUGGAGAUCAUGAGUUGGUGUAUAAGACAUCAGUUUCUUGAGAAUGUCAGGUCACGUUAUUCCAAUGUCACUGCGUGGCGCUCUGUUGUCUGUGAAAGGAAAUCAGCUGCAAUUAAGCGUUCAUGGCCACAGUCAAUAAAUAAAUCUGCUGGACAGGGUGGAUCCACUCUCUUCAUUGAAGAUGCACUGUCAAAUCUUGUGGUAGAACAGGGAUAUGGACAGGGAAUUGUAGAGGACGUAGAAGUUACAUCCUUGCAGAAGGAUGGGGGUUUUUCAUUCUUUAGGUCUAAAACUGAAGGGGCUGAAGGAUGCUAUCCCUUUGAAAAUUUACGAGCUGGUGCAGAUAUACUUUUUUUACAUGGAAACUCCGAUAUGAUAGAAGCAAAGCGAGCUAUUUUUCUGUACUACUUGUAUGAUCGGCACUGGACGAUGCCUGAUGAGGAAUGGAGGCAUGUAGUAGACGAUUUUGCUGGUAGCUUUGGUAUAACCAGGCAUUCACUACUGGAAUCCUUGACAUUUUAUCUUCUUGAUGACCAUACAGUUCAAGCUUUGCAGGAAGCUUGCCACCUUCUUCCGGAAAUCGCUGGCCCAGCAAUGCAUCCGAAGAUCACACGAGUUCUGCUAGAGAGGCAAAAUCCUGAUGCUGCUCUGAUGGUUUUACGGUGGUCUGGACUUGAUGCAUUGUGUGCGUAUGCAAAUACUGAACAUGGUGAACUGCAAUUAGUCUCACUUUGUGAAGCGGUGACUGCUGUUCGGGUGAGAGUUGAAUGUGGACUCUUAACUGAAGCCUUUAUGUACCAGAGGACGCAUUGCACGAAAGUGAAGGAACAUAACUUGAAGCAUGGUUCGUUCCUGGCCUUUUCGAAGGGUUUAGAAGGUCAUCUUGAGACUUGGGAAGAUCAAAUGGAGGCAUUAGUAUCAGAAAUUUGUUUUCUAUGUAUACGAAGGAAUUUGGUUGAUCGAAUGAUAGAGUUGCCAUGGAAUUUUGAUGAGGAGAGAUGUCUCGAUAGAUGCCUCUUGGAAUACGCCGCUGAAGACCCUUCAACUACUGCUGGUAGCCUUCUUGUUGUAUUCUAUCUUCAGCGAUUUCGAUACAUUGAGGCAUAUCAAGUUGAUCGUAAACUUGAGAGCUUAGAGCUGGACUUCAUCUCAAAAACUUCUAUUGAUGAGGCUGCUAUAUCAAGGAUAAGAUCAAUGCACCACUGGAGAGGAGGAUUGGUUGAUAAAUGCAUUGAGUUGCUGCCGGAAGUACAACAGAAACAAGUGAAGGCUGGAAGCUGGCCAAAUAUUGGUAUUUUUGAUUCUAAAGAACUUGAAACAUCUGAUCAUCCGGAGGUACAACAGCCCCGUUCUACUGGCUUGCCCUCUACUGCUGAUUCCCUUAUUCUUCGGAAUGAUCGUACCAUUUCUCCCAAGGAAACUUCAUCUUUUGGCACUCCAGCUAAACUUGGUGGAUCAUUUAGUAGUUCCCGCUUUGAACUUAAUUCCUAUUGUCCUCCAUCCGUUCUCAAUGGGAGAUUCCCUACUGUUAUUGGGGGUCCAUCAAUUCCUCACUACAGAGACAAUUUGGAUUCAAGUCAGAAUUCUGCCAGAGAACAAAGGCCUCAAACUAGUACAAGGCAGAAGUUCAAUUUUAAUGGUACCCCACCUUGUGGAAUUCGCCUGGCUAGUCAAAGUCAUUCAACUUCGAAAAAUUUGAACAAAGGUUCAAUGAAGGUUGUACAGAGUAAUUACCUUCAAGAUGACCAAUUUGAUGAAGUUUCCCCUGGAAUGGAACGAAAUGGGUUCAUUAACCAUGUGGAAAAUGCUCGCCCUUUGUAUCCUCGUCGAGUUACGGCUGAUCCGAUGACUACACCUAACAACGACUGCCGCUUAAAAGAUUUUUCCUGUGAUUCAGGCCCCACUUUGUCUGGGCAACCAGCUGCAUCAGAUAAACAAUGGUCUAUGAUUUCCCCGGAUGAUCCAAUGGAUGUCUCUUGGAGCCUUGGAAAUAGAAACUCAGCUGUUGAGAUCAUGGACACACACAAUGGGCUGAGGUGGAGGUCCGAUGAAGCCAGCGAAGAUGAAGAGGAACCAAGCCCCGAGAUAAUUUUUGGUGGAGCUUCCUUUGUGAUGCCUGCAAGGGGAAAGAGAAAAAGCAGGCUUUCCAGAAGAUGAAGGUUACACCUGUUUGCAUGCAUCUGUCGUCCUCUUUCAUAUUUUGUAUUACAUAUCAAUCACUCCAGUGGGCCUUACUGUGCGUGAAGAAAGCAGCUUUUUUAUCACAGAUGGUCUGGUGAGAGCAUGAUCUCCUUUUUUUAUCCCCGAGGUUGGUGAUGCAGUUCUGAUAUAUAUCCCCAGUUUUCAAGGGAGUUCACUUGGUACCAUUAGACAUAUAAAGUUACUACAGGCCUUCAGUCGAAGUUUUAUGCUACACAUGGUUUAUUAGGUUAGAGGUGAGGGCUUUUAGAUUGGCGA